AUGACAACGAGAACACGAGUAUAUUCAAUAUCCAAGAUCUAUUCAGAUGUAAAUAAUAAUAAACCAUCAGAAUAUUGGGAUUAUGAAAAUCAUAAAAUACAAUGGGGAGAUAUAAAAAAUUAUGAAAUAGUAAGUAAAAUAGGAAGAGGUAAAUAUUCAGAAGUUUUUCAAGGUAUUAAUGUAUUAAAUGAUGAACCAUGUGUUAUAAAAGUUUUAAAACCUGUUAAAUUAAAAAAGAUUUUUAGAGAAGUUAAAAUUUUACAAAAUUUAACAGGUGGACCAAAUAUUGUUGGAUUAUUAGAUGUUGUAAGAGAUGAACAAUCAAAAAUACCUGCAUUAAUAUUUGAAAAAGUAAAUAAUGUUGAUUUUAGAGUAUUAUAUCCAAAAUUUACAAUAAAAGAUAUUCAAUAUUAUUUUACACAAUUAUUAAUAGCACUAGAUUAUUCUCAUUCAAUGGGUAUAAUACAUAGAGAUGUUAAACCUCAAAAUAUAAUGAUUGAUCCAAUGAAUAAAAAAUUAAGAUUAAUAGAUUGGGGAUUAGCUGAAUUUUAUCAUUCAGGUAUGGAUUAUAAUGUAAGAGUUGCAUCAAGAUAUCAUAAGGGCCCGGAAUUAUUAAUUAAUCUACAACAAUAUGAUUAUUCAUUAGAUUUAUGGUCAGUAGGAUGUAUGUUGGGAGCAAUAAUUUUCAAAAAAGAACCAUUAUUUAGAGGUGAUUCAAAUAAUGAUCAAUUAGUACAAAUUGCUAAAAUAUUAGGUACAGAAGAUUUAAUGUCAUAUAUAAAUAAAUAUGGUAUAAAAUUAAGUUCAGAUUAUGAUGAUAUAUUGGGAAAUUAUACAAAAAAACCAUGGAAAGCUUUUAUAAAUAAUGAGAAUAAACAUCUAAUUAAUGAAGAUGUAUUAGAUUUAAUUGAUAAAUUAUUACAAUAUGAUCAUCAAAAAAGACCAACUGCAAAAGAAGCAAUGAAUCAUCCAUUUUUCCAAAAAACUUACAAUUAA